CGCUCCCGCGAAUGUCGCGACAGACAAUUACUGUUUCUCUGUUUUUGCCACUGCUAUGGAUUUCUCGACUGUGAAUGAGCUGCUGGCGGGCAGCGUUGGCGGCGCUGCCCAAGUCCUCGUCGGGCAACCGCUGGAUACCAUCAAGACACGCGCGCAGGUUGCGCCCAGAGGCAUGUUUAAAGGACCUAUGGAUAUCCUGGCACAGACUAUUCGCAAAGAGGGAUUCUUCGCGUUGUAUAAAGGCAUGGCUAGCCCACUUAUCGGCAUCGCUGGGGUCAAUUCCCUACUGUUCGCUGCGUAUGGACUGUCGAAGCGGGCCAUCUCGCCUUUCCCACAGCUCUCGUUGAAGGAAAUAGCAGCGGCGGGUGCUAUGGCUGGAGCAGUGAACGCUAUCCUAGCUAGCCCAGUGGAGAUGUUUAAGGUCCGCAUGCAGGGUCAAUAUGGUUCGGCCACCGACAAGCGGUUGCGCGAGGUUGCGCGUGAGAUGUGGUCGCAGUGGGGGAUUCGUAAGGGCAUCAUGCGAGGUUACUGGAUUACCGUUGCACGAGAGAUUCCUGCCUAUGCGGGGUUCUACACUGCUUUCGAGUUUUCUAAGCGUAAAUUCACUGCUAUCUACGGCGACCAACUGCCUGUGUGGGCUCUUCUUUCGAGUGGUGCCACUGGCGGGAUUGCUUACUGGCUGGCAUGUUAUCCACUGGAUGUUGUCAAGUCGCGCGUGCAGCUACGUGAUACGCCGCCGACCGGAACGCCCGUUCAAUAUAUCGCCCGCGAGUUAAGAAACAUCGUUGUGGAAUCAGGAUGGACUGGGUUGUUCCGAGGGCUGUCUCCGUCUUUGCUGAGGAGUAUACCCGCUGCGGCGAGUACGUUUGCAGCAUAUGAACUGACACGAGAAUACCUCAAGGAAUUCACCGGCGUGUGAGAGUCAUUAGGAUGAGGCCAUGUCAUGUGCGAUCUUUCUCACAUACCAAUGUUACGACCGCGAGAAAAGCGACAGGUUCUCCAUAGCCCUG